CUCGGUAUCGGAGGUGAUCGCGGCUGCCAUCGUUGCAUUGUUCAAAAGCCGCUAAGUUUCUGAAGAAUUCCGUUCGUCGUUUGAGUACUAAUUAAAUAAUGGCCCACUUCCGUGGAUUUUAUAUACCAUCCUUUGGGGCAGCGGUCAACGUUGCAUGGGAAACACUGAAGGCUAAGUGGCCAGAAAACAGCCCCUGCAUGGAACUUAUUCGCGGAAAUGGGACAGGUCAACGACCUGUUCCAGGGCAAAGUGGUCAAGGAGAAUUCAAGUCAUUCGACGAAGGUCACGAUAAUACGGAAAUGAUGACCAUGAACGGAGAUCAAGGAUAUCGGGACCAGAACAAUGUAGCCAUCGCCGAGGAUUCCUUCAGCUAUCAACGAAACGGUGACAAAAUUAGGACAGGAAGUGUCAGUAGCGGAGAAUUUAGCGAAUACGACGAAGGUGGCGGUGAAUUUGGUGGAUCAGGGGUAAAAAUUAACGAAUGGCAAGCCGCAUGGAAUGUUACAAAUGCUAUACAGGGUAUGUUCAUCGUAUCGUUACCAUUCGCCGUAUUACGCGGUGGUUAUUGGGCUAUCGCUGCGAUGAUCGGUAUAGCGCACAUCUGCUGUUACACCGGCAAAAUACUCGUCGAAUGUUUAUACGAAUUGGAUACUGUAACCGGUCAGCGUGUCCGAGUACGGGAUUCCUACGUAGCUAUCGCGAAAGAAUGUUUCGGGCCGACAUGGGGUGCUCGAGCGGUAAACAUAGCUCAGAUAAUCGAAUUACUGAUGACCUGCAUCUUGUACGUGGUAGUCUGCGGUGACCUGAUGAUCGGUACAUUUCCCGAGGGAGCGAUCGACACCAGAAGCUGGAUGAUGUUAACUGGAAUAUUUUUACUGCCUCUCGGUUUUCUCAAGUCCCUGCAGCACGUCUCGGUGUUGAGCUUCUGGUGCACGAUGUCCCAUUUGUUCAUAAACGCCAUUAUCGUCGGCUACUGUAUCCUAGAGAUCGGUGAUUGGGGUUGGUCCAAGGUGAAAUGGACAAUAGAUCUCGAGAAUUUCCCGAUUUCCCUCGGCGUGAUCGUGUUUAGCUACACCUCGCAGAUAUUCCUGCCCACCUUAGAGGGCAAUCUGAUCGAUCGGUCCAAGUUUGACUGGAUGCUCAACUGGAGCCACAUCGCGGCCGCCGCCUUCAAGUCCCUCUUCGGUUGGAUCUGUUUCCUCACUUUCCAAAACGACACCCAGCAAGUGAUCACGAACAAUCUACACUCGGCCGGUUUCAAAGGUCUGGUCAACUUUUGCCUGGUGGUGAAGGCUGUACUCUCGUAUCCUCUGCCGUAUUACGCAGCAUGCGAGCUCCUCGAGAGAGCGUUUUUUAGGGGUAGGCCUAAAACGAUCUUCCCAACGAUAUGGACCGUGGAUCGCGAGCUGAAAGUCUGGGGUCUGGCGUGGCGAGUUGGCGUGAUCGUUUUCACCAUUCUUAUGGCGAUCUUCAUUCCCCAUUUCAGUAUUCUUAUGGGUUUCAUAGGUUCCUUCACCGGGACCAUGUUGUCCUUCAUAUGGCCCUGUUAUUUCCACUUGAAAUUGAAGAGAAACUCUAUGGAAUGGAGUGCAGUCGCUUACGAUUGUUUCGUCAUCUUCCUCGGUGUACUCUUCGGCGUUAUCGGUGUGUACGAUUCUGGCUCUGCUCUGAUAAACGCCUUCGAGAUCGGUUUACCGUUUUGAAUGGCCACUUGGUUCCUUCGAUCUUCGUUUGUCUUCCAUAAACAAAUGUGUAGAUAUACGCACUGCUCAAGGGAACUAUCGAAUUGCAGCUUGCGUCAAUUGCCCUUUAUCGUUGUAUCAAACGGUCGAAACCUAUCGAGAACGUCUGGCAUCUUUAAUCGCGCACCUAUCAAUUUCCGGAUCACAUGGUACAAGUAUUGUACCGCUUUUAGCGGCUGCACUGCAAUCUAGCAUUCCCUUGAGAUUCGAAGUGAAGAGAGAAAGAGAAAUAAAGAAAUAAUCAAACAACGCGACUCUAUUUUUGCUGAUUUCGAACAUUUUUAUGAUCGAUCGUACAAAGUUUACGAUUUUCGUGUCAUCGCUUAGAGACAUUAUUAUAAAGGUGUGUCCUUCCCGCUCGUUCAAGUAGAUACAAAACGUUCAAGACAUUUUGAGAUUGUACAUUUAUAAUUCAACCAGAACUCACACAUAUCUAGCUAAAUGAUGUAUAUUUAAGACGAAGAGCAUCGUAGAACGAGCAAAUAUUUAUUCUUGAGCAAUCUCGGCUUCGUGUCCUACGUCUUCCCGACUCCUCGUUUUUCUUGAUUUCAUCGACGAUGGUCGACAACAGGGGCUUCCUAGACAACAUUUAGAUUAUAUUUAGCAAGCAGUAAAUAUCUCGCUAGGCCGUAAGUAAUCGAUGUCUUCCAAACAAACAGGUUGCGUGUACAAGCGAAACACGGUGAAUAUUGUACGUACAAGUUAACUAAUUACUGUUACACAGAUUUCGGGAUUUUAUAAUCAACAUUGCGGAUCUUGUAAUUUCUAUCUAUACGUUGAAUCACACGUAUCGCCGAGGAGGCGUUUAGCGAACUUUAAGCGUACAGGAAGAGUAACUUUUGAUGCAUUAUAGUAUUUCGGACAAUGUUCAUUAGGGUGUGACACACUGGAAGGUACACGGAAUAACGAAAGAGAACCUUCCAUUCAAAAAAUGUAUAAAUAGGGUACAUUAUGUAAGUAGGAUUCUGGGGGAGCCUGGUCCAUUUCAAAAUAUGAAUUGACCAUCAGAAAUUAAUAAACUGCAACUGUGUUAAGCUUCUCGAGGGAAAAUAUAUUUUCAAAUCGUCACGUUUCUAAAUUUUUAUUUCUAAACCAUGAGAAUAUCUCAAUUUGCAC